CCUAACCCUCGAUCAGAGAAGGCCAGUUGAACAAACGAUCAUGAGCUUCUGAAAGUUAACUUGCCCUAAUAAGACACCUGCAACGCAGGCUAUAAUGCCCCUGUCUCUGGGGCCAAUUUUUGUUACAAAUCUCCCUUCAUGUCUGUGGGUCGGCCCCACGGGAAGGCCGCCGAUACCUGCACGAGGCUUCCACUAGAACUCAACUAACAACAACAAUAAAUGGAGGGUUGUGUUAUCGAGGCUAGAGAUGUUGAUGAAAGUUCGAUUUCGGAGGGUCAUACGAGUUGGACUGUGCUUUGCAGGGAUAGCAGCCCUAAUAUAUUUACUCGUACGCCUCUUCGUACCACCAAGUCAUCGCCGAAUAGAUCUUAGGAAAUAUCAAAGCAAUUUUCCCAUCCUGUCCCCUUCCAUUGAACCACGAGUUACCGACUUCGAAGACUUAUUCGUUCUGGUGAUAGUUUCAACUUCGCCCGACGACAAGAUGAAAAGAAGAGAUACAAUACGUCGUACUUGGGGUAAAUGUGACAAAACUAACAACAAUUACAAAUGGAAGGUUGUAUUCAUGAUGGGCAAAUCGUUGAAUAGCGACAUGAAUGAAAAAUUAAUGGCGGAACACAAACAGCAUGGAGAUCUUCUUAUAGCUGAUUACAUCGACAAGUAUCGAAACAUCACGACAAAACUUCUCAUGUCAUUUAAGUGGGCGACACAAAUUAGAUGUAACUAUAUUCUGAAAACUGACAGCGAUGUUUACGUUGACAUUCCCGAGUUAAUAAAAUGGAUGCUGAAUCGAGGCGAUCCAAAUUCUCUCUACGGUGGUGUUCUGUACAGAGGAAUUGUAGUGAGGGAUACAUCACACCGUCACUACGUGACUAAAGACGAUCUUUCUUUGAACUAUUAUCCACAGUUUUGUAAAGGCUCUAUGUAUGUCCUGUCGGCGAGUGUACUUCCAAAAAUGCUCGACUUAUCAAGGCAGGUCACUCGAAUUGGACCUGAUGAUGCUUACGUAGGAUUGUUAGCAGAUCAACUGGGAAUAUCUCCAGUGGGAAUUGACAGAUUUUUUCAGAAAAGUCUCUUACCGUAUAUCUUCUGGUUUAUGAGUAAAUGUGAGUUGAGAGAUCUCCUUGGAAUUGGUGACUCACUAACUCCAAGUCAAUUGAACUACAUUCAUGAAGUGAAGCACGCCUCUUCUUCCUCUUACUAUCUUUGUAUUUCGUUGCUUGAGAAAUUUUUCCUAUUUAUAUUAUUUUUAAUCAUUUUAACGUGUCUGCCGUUUUUAGGUCGUAGAAGGUUUUCUACAAGGAUUUCAAAAGGAAAAUGAGAUCGUGUUUGAUUAUCUCUUCAUUAGUUCAAUUAGUACAUUCAUACAUUCAUUUGUGCAAUCAUAAACUAAGUGGAACAAAAUUGAGUCUGGAACUACAAGUAUAAUUUCUGACCAAAAUUGCAAGAUACAAACUUCAAUUACCACUCUUUUACACCUAUGAACAAUCACAAAGUUGUGGUUCUUUAAUAACUGUAAGAAAUUAAAUUCAUUCAUAUUUUGGGGUAAAAAAAAAGGGUUAGUGGGGACAAAAGUUGUUAAAUUUCCCACACAUGGCUUUUUUGUUUCACUUCCCCACAAUUUGAUUGGUUGCUUUAAAGAAGCCUUGAAAUUUGAUUGGUUAUGUUGCUGAAGUUUCUCUCUCAUUGAAUUAGAAAAAGAUGCAAUUUAGAGUUAGAUAUUGCACAAUUUGUGAAUGAGUUGCAUUGCUGAGAGCUAAUCACAUUGCAAGGAUUGCCAGAGAUUUAAAAGUGACUGCACCAAAAAUGAUAUCAAAUUCUCAGAGCUAUAAUAAAAGAGUCACUUAUGAGA